ACAACAUUGACGUCUUCAAUAUACACGUGUGUUUGCAAAUAUUCAUACAUUUUUAUUGUUUUAUCUAAAGACUUUUUAUAUUAAACCGAUAUGCCAGAGGAUGAUGGAAUGGAUAAAAAGAAAUCUCAUCGCGCUCGACAGGCUGGCGUGAAGGCAGAAAAGAAAAAGCUUAAGGCUAAGAAGGAUUCAGGAAGUGCCAAAGAUGCGAAUUUGAGUGCGCGUCAAAGAAAUCCCAAGGCAUUUGCCAUCAACUCUGCCCAACGUGCUGAGCGCAACUUUCGGCGCAAAGAGGACUUGACUGCUAAAAAGCAACAUAUCCCAGUUGUAGACCAGACACCCGAUGAACCUCCUCCCGUUCUUAUAGCAGUUGUGGGUCCUCCAAAAGUAGGCAAAACAACACUAAUAAAUAACUUGAUAAAGAAUUUUACACGUACGAAUGUGACUGAUGUUCGGGGCCCCAUCACAAUUGUCACAUCGAAAAAGCGACGAAUCACUCUUUUGGAAUGCAAUAAUGAUAUCAAUUCGAUGAUUGAUGUUGCCAAAUGCGCAGAUUUAGUAUUACUUUUGUGCGAUGCUAGUUACGGGUUUGAAAUGGAGAUUUUCGAAUUCUUGAACAUUUGUCAAGUCCACGGAAUGCCAAAAAUUAUGGGUGUGCUAACUCAUUUAGAUAUGAUUAAGAAUCCAAAGCAAUUGAGAAAAAGGAAAAAGGAAUUGAAACAUCGAUUUUGGACUGAAGUGUAUGAUGGCGCAAAGUUAUUCUAUCUGUCGGGAUUGUUACAUGGUGAAUAUUUGAGGAACGAAGUAAAAAAUUUAGGCCGCUUCAUCUCGGUAAUGAAGUUUCGGCCACUGUCAUGGCGAGGAGCUCAUAGUUAUUUGCUUGUGGAUCGUGUUGAGGAUGUCACUAACACCGACUUGAUUCGUCGUAAUCCGAAAUGCGACAGGGACGUAGUUUUAUAUGGAUAUGUACGAGGUGUCCCCAUGAAGCAAGAGAAUUCUGUUCACAUUGCUGGUUUAGGGGAUGCCAGAAUUGAAGAGCUGAGCUCAAUACCGGACCCAUGUCCCUUGCCUGGCACUGAGAAAAAGCGUAGUCUUUUGGAGAAGGAAAGGUUACUGUAUGCGCCUAUGUCGGGAGUUGGAGGCAUUGUUUACGAUAAAGAUGCAGUAUAUAUAGAGCUGCAAGGUUCACACAGCCACAAAGAAAAGACGGCAGACGCCGCUGAGCAGGAGCAAUUGGUUGGCAAGCUUAUAGAUAAAAAACAAACUGUAGAUGUGCAAAUUGAAGAGCAAGAAUUCAAACUCUUCUCUGAUGGGUCUGCUAUAAAGUCAAAGGACUACAAAGAUGACAGCGACAUAGAUGAGGAGCCAGAUGAGUUUGGAGAAGAUGAUUCUGGAGUAGAUGACGAUGAUGACGCAAGUGUUAUCAGUGAAGAUGAAUUCGACGAUGGCGACUGGCGUGGUGAAGACAGUGAAGAAGAACAGCCUGAAAGUGACAAUAACACAUCUGAUGAUGAGGAAUAUCAACUCGUAGAUGAAUUAAAAUCAAAAAACAAUAAUUGUGAUGUUGAAGAUAGUGAGAGAAUGGAGGAGCAAUCAAACAGCGACGAAGAAGCAGAGAAAAUUCUUGCCAACAGUAUGAGUUGGAAAGAAAAUUUAGCACAAAAAGCCCGCCAAUCCUUCCUGCAGCAUCACUCAGAAGCAAAGAAUAUUAUGCGGCUAGUCUACGGAUGCUAUUCGCAAAGCGAAAACAAGAAAACUGAAAACCUCAAUAACAAAGAUGAUGAUUCAGACUCGGAAGGUGAAUUGGGAGGCAUCUUCAAAUUAGCAGCUAAAAAGCAAACUGACUUGCAAAAAGAAAAAGACAUUAAGAAUAAAAUGGAACACUGCUUUUUUGAGGAUUUUUCUGGCGGUACUCGCGAUUGGUUAGAGGAGGAAAAUAAAGCAGCCUUAAAAAAUUGUUUUGUCACUGGCAAAUGGAAGGCAUCAGAAGAUGCUGAAACUUUGUUGCGUUUGGAUGAUUUAAGUGAUGCUGAAAGUGAAGUAUUUGGUGAUUUCGAAGAUCUCGAAACUGGUCAAAAGCACAGCGGUGCCGACCAAAUUCAAGAGUCUGACUCAAAAGAAACUAUGGUUGAUAUGACCUCGGAUGGAAAGCUGGAAGAAAAUGUUCGCAAACGUCGAUUGACUAGAGUGGAGGAGGAAAAUCUAACAAAAUCAGAAUUAAUGGCCAAAAAAUUAAAGCUAAAGGCUAAAUUUGAUGCAGAAUAUGAUAAUAAUGAUAUUUCAAAAGAAGAUGAUGGCCGCAUUAAAGGCGACCAUGCUUAUUACGAGAGUUUAAAAGCAGAUGCUCAAAAGCAAUCAGAAUUGAAUAAAAGUGAAUUUGCGAAUCUAGACCCAGAGCUGCGCAUUCAAAUUGAGGGAUUUCGACCCGGUCUUUACGUUCGUUUGGGUUUUCGUGAUAUACCUGCGGAGUUUAUAGACAAUUUUGAUCCCAGUUAUCCUGUGUUAGUUGGGGGAUUAAAUAUGACUGAAGAGAAUAUCGGCUAUGUUAAUUGCAAAGUAAAAAAGCACCGAUGGUACAAGAAAAUACUAAAGACCGGCGACCCGCUGAUUAUAUCUUUGGGUUGGCGUCGCUUUCAGACCGUGCCAAUAUAUGCGAAAGUAGAGGAUAAUUUCCGACAUAGGUAUCUUAAGUAUACUCCCAAUCAUGUAACGUGUAGCAUGACCUUUUGGGGUCCAAUCACGCCACAAAAUACCGGUUUUUUGGCAUUGCAAACAGUUCGUUAUGAUCUAGAGGAAAUGAAACGACUUGGUUUUCGAAUUGCCGCUACAGGUAGUGUCAGCGAAAUGGAUAAAUCGGCUCAGAUAAUGAAAAAGUUGAAGCUGGUGGGCCACCCUUUCAAAAUAUUUAAGAAUUCCGCAUUCAUCAAAGGAAUGUUUAAUACCGGACUUGAAGUGGCCAAAUUCGAAGGAGCUAAAAUAAAAACUGUUUCCGGCAUUCGCGGUCAAAUCAAGAAGGUACAUCACGAUCCAGAGGGUUCAUUCCGUGCAACAUUCGAGGAUAAGAUUCUUUUGAGUGAUAUUGUUUUCUGUAGGACCUGGUUCCGAGUCGAGGUGCCCCGCUUCUAUGCACCUAUAACAUCGCUUCUAUUGCCUGCCGAUCAAAAGUCACAGUGGCAAGGUAUGAAGACUUUGGGCCAGCUGAAGCGCGAACGUAAUAUUCAUAAUCAAGCGCAACGCGAUAGCCAGUAUACGGAAAUAAAACGUGAGCCGAAAAUAUUUAAACCAGUGGCGAUACCCAAAGCCUUACAGCGCGCUUUACCAUAUAAGGACAAGCCGAAACUGGGGCCAUUAACGGACAAAAAGGCGCAGGAAUCAGAACGUAUAGCUGUAAUAAGAUCGCCUUAUGAACAAAAAGUGGCCAAAAUGAUGAAGAUGGUUCAAACCAAUUUCAAGGAAAAAAAGAAAAAUGAUAAGAUGGAAACCAAGGUCCGCCAGAAGCAGUUCCGUGCGGAAAAACGUUUCGAGGAAAUGAGGAAAAUGAAACGUCAAAAAGAGGUCAGAAAAAAAGUGUCCCGAGCUAUAAGUAAAAUGCGUAAAAAGCAAGAAGCCUAAAAUAUGUGAACAUAAAUUAAUGUAAGUGUUUUGGCCAGGGAGAAUAAAUAAACAACAUAUUAUUAAAAUAUUUAUAUUUUGUAUUCGCAUAGUAUG